AUGCAGUUGAGAAUGCAGUACAGAGUACUGAAUUCUGACGACAUUGUGUCGGAGCCAACGCAUCGGUUGGGCGCGCAGAAGGGGUGGCAAUCGGCCAUGACGGUGGCCCAGAAACACGGAACAUGGAAGCAAGACAAGGUCUCGGAAUAUCGCGUGUCGCAGCUCCAUUUUCCAUCAGAGAGGCUGGGGGCUUCGGUGGCGCUGUGUAAGAAAACAGCACAGGCACAGGGUCUUUAUCCAAAGCUUCUACUGUACAGUAUCCUGUCUUACAGGUCAAUAUUUAACCCAUUAACCUUGCCCUACCCCUCACCAACGCGGAACCCUCAAGCCAAUGACCUCGCCAUGCCAUCAGCCACCUUCUCUAGACGCCGCAUUCAGCAGGGUCACCACGCAGCAAAUGUCUCUGAUCAAAUCGUCCCGUAUCUGGGCCGUUCAGCCGUUCAGCUGUUCAACUCCUCCCUCGACCUUUUCCAAGCUUCCCCAGCUAUCUCUGCCGCUUCCGCGGUCUGGAAGCCUCGCCUCCCGUACGGCCAGCAGCACUACUGGCAAUGGCGCACAAUGUCUCACCCUGACGCAAAAAUAGAAGCUUCCGAGAGGCAAAAGAAGACGAGCAGCGGCAGGCAGCUCCACUGCUUAUCUCCAUACCAGCCUUGCACAUCGACAAGGAAGACAAUGCAGAGGGAAAGGGUUUCGGAGCUCCGUUCAAAAAAUACAUUGAUGCCACGCGCACAGCUCCUCAAGGCCGGGGUCAACCUCAACAGUUGCAAUCGAUGGCUGCCCGCACUCACCUCUUGCUGGCCUCGGUCUGUGUCAACAUGGAUCGACACACCAUGGCGGGUACCGGUGAUCGGCAACGGCGCCAGCUCUAGCGCCGCGCUCAUGGACCGGACCAAACCUACACGCAAGCACUACAUUGGAAAAGAUGAUCAAAAGGAAGGCCACAACGACGUCAACAGGGACAAUGUGAACCUUGUGCGCCAGCUUGUGUCCUAG